AUGCUCGUCAAAUCUCGGCCCACCAGCGACGAAGAGCGGAUAGGAUUGAGGACCGUGGAGAGGAUCCGAACCUUCAAUCCGGGAUUCUCCGCCAACGAAUACGACGAGGACUUUGAUGAUGACGGACUUCGAAGAGCGAAACAGAGGCAUGAAGAAGAAGAAGAGGUUGAGCCGAUCGAUCCGUUCAAUCCCACAACCGCGGGACCGGAUGUUACAACUGCAGCACGUAAGUUGUCUUUGUUUCUGAACCGCCAAAGUUUGUGGCUUUGAUAUUAUACAAGCAUUUUGAAGGGAUAUAAGUAGUGUAUGCGUACAUCAGUAUGCCAGGAAAAUAAUAAGCACAAUGUCGCUGCGCCAAUUGCGUCGCUAAAGUGAAAGGCAAUUCGAUUUUGCCGCGAGACAAUUCUUUUUCUCGGCGGCGAUGCGAUCUUUGAUGCGACUGAGAACUCAUUUUUCCCUUUAUGCCAAGUGCUCUUUCAAAAAGUUUGCAGACUUUUUGUCACAACGCUUUUUGCCCCAUCUGCUGUUGGCCGACGCAAUUAUGUCCUGUAAAAUUGUGGGAUCAUUGCGCGGCACGGCCUACCGCCGUCUUGAUGACGAAUCCCUUGUAGUGAGGGUGCUCCUUGGACGAUUUUCGAGGUUGUUCCACCCAGUUAUCCAUGCCCACCAUCCCCGGAACUUCCCCAUUCUUGGCCUAAAAUGAGCUACCAGUCUGUCGGGGGAAAUAACGGUGGAUCGUCGCGUCUCGGAAUCGCCCAUCAUCGGUUUGCGACGGCGGCCGGAGCUGAAGAUUUGAUGCGCGAUAGCGGUGAGGCCAGAUAUUUUUAUGCGACGACCCGCCGUUAUUUUCCCGACAGUCUGAUAAUGAGCACAAUGUCGCAUCUAAAAUCGCAUAGCCGCCGAGAAAAUGAAUUGUGUCGUGGCAAAAUCAUAUUGCUUUUCAUUUCAGCGACGGAGUCGGCGCAGCGACUUUGCCCUCAUUAUUUGCCCGAUAGGCAUUUACAAAAAAGUUUUUUUUUAAAAGUAUAUCUUUGCUGUAAAGCCACGUCUUUGUUUUCAGCCGAUGACUGUUGCGGAUGUGCCUGUGGUUGGGGCGGUGGCUAUCCUUGGGGUGGGUUCUCUCCAUGGGGCUCCAUGUGGGGUGGAAUGCCAUUUGGUGGGUUAUCAUUCGGCGGAAUGGGCGCUCCAUGGCCUGGAGCGUGGGGCGCGGCGGCGUGUGGAUGCUGUCCGAAGCCAUGUUGCAAACCCUGCUGCAAAUUUACGGAUUGCUGUCCGAAACCUUGUUGUUGUCCGUGUAAGUUCAAUAUCGGAUUUUUUCGCGGAGCAUUGUCUUUUUUCGCAUUAUAUACUUGUGUAUAUUUGGGUAAAUGUAUAGAUGUACAUAAACUGAAAAAUGGAUUUUUAGCCAAGCCGCCGUGUUGUGCGCCUCCGUUGCCUUGUUGCGCUCCAUAUGGCAAUGGUUGUGGAGUUUGUCGGCCGUCAGCACCUGGAUAA